AUGUCUCAACCACCACCGAAUCCUUCAUCGUCGUCAUCUGCACCUCAGUUCCAGACAGACGCGCGGUUCAGAACAUCUCUUCCAACAGCCUCGCUUAAAUCGUCUAUUACCGUUCCCCAAGUAGAUUCGGAGACGUAUUUACAGAACCAUGAAGAAGAGUGGAAUAGACUUGUUGAUGCCGAGGUCGAGAGUUUGGCAGAGGGAAUGGCGGAUUUAGUUGGUAUUGCUUCGAUUGAAGGAAAAGACAGGUUCCAAAUUGCACAAGAGGCAUUUCAGGCAGAGUGCAAGGCCGAGAGUAUGGCAAUCGCAGCAAAUUCACUACUAAGCAUAACCCAUUCUCUCAAACUCAUGUUCCUCCUAGGAGACGAAGAAUACAUUACCCAGCGCCGACAAGAAAGAUUAAAAACCGCCGUUGCGGAUAUCACAGCUGCGAAAGCCCGAUUCGAAAAAGCCUGGGAUGGAUUGAAAGAGCCAAGAGCAUUGGCAUCGAAGGAGCUUGCGCAGCAGGAUGAACAGGAAAAUAAAAAAGGUGGUGCAGAUACGAAAGCCUAG